AUGCGUACUCAAACAAUUCUCCCACCACCCCCGCCACCCCCUCCAUCCACCUUUGAUCAGCUUAAUACAGAUUUGCGUCGUAAGCUGGAGGUAAUUGAAACACUUGAGCCCAAGGUUCCAUUGCUUUUGCAGGCAAUGUCAAACCGCUCUAUCACCCUGGAGCAGGACCUUGACUGGGCCUGUGAAAGGCUAUCCAAAAAAAAUCAGCAGGAUUUGAAAAAGCAUAAACUUAAGGCUGUUUUCUACCGGGUCAUGAAUCAUUUUACUCUUUUAUUGGAUAGUCCCAACAACCAAAACGAAAAUACUUACAGUAUGGUGGUUCCCGAGCUGCAACCAAAGGCAGAAGAUGGCACAGAUAAUGUAUACUUUCUGAUUGGGCUUGCAUUGCCUGUGCUGGAUGGGGCAAGGCGCUCUGCCCGUGCAAUAGCCGGGUACACUCCACUAUAUGCGGCUCGCAGCCAUCCAGACUUGUGGCAAAUGUCUACGAAGCUAGUUGGGGCGUGGGUUGGAACCCCAUACAUGGGGCAAAUAGAAUUUUAUGGGUGUCGAAUUCCUUGCAUCAUGUUCUUGUCUGUGGACCAACCAAACGUCCACUAUGCAGUACAAACCCCCGACCGCUAUUAUAAGCCUUACUGGGAGGUCACCUUGGCCAGUUGGAGGGUGGAUGCGGAACUUGAAGAUGAUGUGGUGCCCCCCAAGAUGGGCAAUGCGAGUUCUUUGCCUGGAGCAGGGUCUUCCCCCGACCAUCCCAAGGACCCUGCCCGGCUGGCCAUGCUUGGAGGUUGUCGAACGGCUCGGAAGAAGGCGGAUAGGCGAGCCCCGCGGACGCAGCAAGAAUGGGAGAUGAUCCCAGCUUCGGAAUCAAAUUAUGGUGAUGAUGAGGCUGGUGAAUCCGAUGCCGGCUCUAUCAACGACGAUGUUGAGCGGGGCCUUCCCACUUCCAGUUUUUGGGAUCCUGUGACCAAGAAGAGCAAGACGCCUCGGGGGAACGAGCCGCACCCAUAUCCCAACCAGAUCGCCCUAGAACUCCAAAGGAAUUGGGAGUACGAUGCUCGCACUAGUGGGCAAGGCAACGCACCGGGCGAAGCUCCCAGUAGCAGCAGCAGCAGCAGCAGCAGUAGUAGUAGUAGUAGCAGCAGCAGCAGCAGCAGCAGCAGCAGCAGCGAAGACCCUGGACACGGGAGUGAGCCCAAACUUAGCCCUGAACGUGGGCGUGGUCGCAGGAGUGGUCGUGGGAGUGGGCGUGCGCAUGGGCGUGGGGGUGGGAGUAGGCGUGGGCAGGGGCGGGGGAGCCAGCGUAAGGGUGGGGUCGAGGCCCGGCAGGGGGUGCAGGGUAGGACACAAGGCCCGGCCGGAAAUGAGGUGGGUCAUGAGGAUCAGGACGAGGCUGGGGGCACAGGUGGACCCACGCCGACCGCCAUAGAUGAGCCGCAGACAUUGGCUGGGGCAGCUGAGCAGAAUCCUUCCGAUACUAUGGAGGUGGAUCCCCCAUUGGCUACGCUCGUUGCAGGUGCCGAAGAGACUGCUGUGGGCGCAUCCAGUCACGAGCUCCCUACUGCCUCAGCUCCGGCGGACAAACCUGCUUUGAGGCAGGUGACGGGCAAGGGUCCCCCGAGGACGUUUGCGCCCCCUCUCCCGGCCGGUCCUUCUGCUCGCGGGCGAUAUACAAGGGCCGGUCUCACUGUUCCCCGUAAGCUGACUGAGGCUCGUAUUCGAGACUUGGCACGCGGAUAUACCGUCGAGCCCCAGUAG